CAAAAUUCAAAUUUUUAACGGGGUUUUUUGCCAUUUCUCCCCCCAAAUCCCAGGAUAUUUUUUGCUCCCUGCCCCCAUCUCCCUGUGAACACCCAUUUUAAUUAAAAUCCAUUAAUUUUAAAUUAAUUUUCCCCCGUUUUAGGCGCCAUGGAGGUGACGGUGGGGUUCAAAAUUCGAGUUUUUUAACGGGGUUUUUUGCCAUUUCUGCCCCCAAAUCCCGGGAUAUUUUUUGCUCCCUGCCCCCAUCUCCCUGUGAACACCCAUUUUAAUUAAAAUUAAUUAAUUUCCCCCGUUGUAGGCGCCAUGGAGGUGACGGUGGGCACGGCGGCGCUGGCGCUGGCGCUGCUGCUGCUGCCGCUGCUCUACGAGCGCUGCGGCUCCUUCCGGUUCUUCUGCAAGAUGGGGUUCUAUAACGGCUGGAUCCUGCUGCUGGCCCUGCUGGCCAUCCCCCUGUGUGCCCUCAGGGGCAGGGACGUGGAGAACAUGAAGAUCAUCCGCGGGCUGAUGCAGCACGUCAAGCGCCUCUACGGGAUCCGCAUGGAGGUGCGGGGGGCGCAGCACUUCCCACCCCGGCAGCCCUACGUGGUGGUCAGCAACCACCAGAGCUCCCUGGACCUGCUGGGGAUGAUGGAGGUGCUGCCCGAUCGCUGUGUGCCCAUCGCCAAGCGCGAGCUGCUCUACAUGGGCGCCGUGGGCGUCGUGUGCUGGCUCGGCGGCAUCAUCUUCAUCGACCGCAAGAGGACGCACGACGCCAUCAGCGUCAUGGCCGAGGCCGCGCACACCAUGCUCAGCCAGGACGUGCGGGUGUGGGUGUUCCCCGAGGGCACGCGCAACCACAGCGGCUCCAUGCUGCCCUUCAAACGGGGGGCGUUCCACCUGGCCGUGCAGGCACAGGUGCCCGUGGUUCCCAUCGUGAUCUCGUCCUACCAGCACUUCUACAGCAAACGGGAGCGGCGCUUCACCCCUGGCGAGUGUGUGAUCCAGGUGCUGCCCCCGCUGCCCACGCUGGGCCUGGCUCCGGCCGAUGUUCCCGCGCUGACCGAGCGCGUCCGCGCCGCCAUGCUGGACGCCUUCGAGGCGCUGUCGGCCGAGCUGGGAGUGACCGCCCGGACACGGAGUGACCACCAGAGUGACCACCCAAAGAGUGACCACCCAAAGGUGACCACGGCAGUGACCGCCAGAGUGACCACCCAAAGGGUGACCACCACAGUGACCACCCCAGGAGUGACCACCCAAAGGGUGACCACAGGAAUGACCACCCCAGUGACCACAGGAAUGACCACGGGAGUGACCACCCCAGUGACCACAGGAGUGACCACCAGAGUGACCCAAUAGCCACGCUGAGUGACCCACAGAGUGACCACAGGAGGAGUGACCACAGGAGUGACCACCAGAGUGAGCACUGGAGUGACCCCCAGAGUGACCACCGGAGUGACCACCGGAGUGACCACCGGAGUGACCAACACAACCACACGGCCCUGAAUGACCCCUGGAGUGACCCCCAGAGUGACCACCACAGCCCUACGGCCACGCCGAGUGACCCCCAGUGUCCGGCAGUGACCCGGAGUGACCCCCAGAGUGACCCCCAGAGUGACCCCCGGAGUGACCCCUGCAGUGACCCCCAGAGUGACCCCCAGAGUGACCCCCGGCCCUGCCCAGUGGGGCAGGGACUGACCCCCAAGUGUGGCCUGGACUGACCCACAAGUGUGGGCUGGACUGACCCACAAGUGCGGCCAAACUGACCCAAA